GGAUGGCUCAAAUUUGACGCUACGGUUGAGAAGCUGGAAUCACCUCUUUCCACCGAAUAUAACAUCUACGAACAUUCCGACACAGAGGAAUUGCACAUUGAAUGCGAUGAAUAUCAUGUUCCAGUUGCCACCCACCCCCGUUUGGAUUUCAUCUCUCCAACUAGCCAUUAUACUAAUUCUGGGAGUUCAAAACCUUAUUUGAAGCAAGUAUACUUUUCCUCUUUUUAUACUAAAGUUAUAUUUAUAUAA